AUGGCCGUCUCCCGCAUCGACCCACGCCUUCUCAACAUCAUCUCACAGAACGGCCUGCCGUCCUAUCCGCAGAUAGCAGAACACGGGACUAGGCAAUGCCCUCGCGGAUCCGGUCUGACGCACGUUACGGUCCUAUGCCUGGAAAAGAAAAACAUCGGGGAGUUAUACGACUACUGUAUGACGCAUCAGAAAACGGGCUGUCCCAUGGUUCGGUGCCCGGCUUGGAUGCAGCCCACACCGGAGGUACAGACGUCCAUCCUAGAUGCCAUUCGAUCCGACAGCUUCGGGCCUUUCGGGCCUGUUAGAAUGCGAGGCUGGGUGUUUCUGGGCGCCGUUGGGCUGUUCUAUCAGGACUGGAGGAGAGUCCCCCGACUCUUGCAGCAUUACGGGCCGGAGGAGGACGCUCCCAGAGUGGCUGUGGUGGAGGCCUUGUUCUUUAUCAAGGAUCUCGAGGACCCCAUCUCCAUCCCUCUCUUGUGCGAGAUAGACGAGAAGAGGAAGGAGAUGCUCAUAGCUCCUCCUACGGAGCAGCCCCUGAUGCUGCUCACGUUCCCGGGGCUGAGCCCGUGGAGGACGUGGCCCCGCAUGGGCCUCGGCGACACCGGCUUCGACUUCUACGACAUUGAACGACAAACGUUCUUUCCUGUAUCGAUGCUCGAAGACGAAACCCCUGUCCUACACCUCCCCCUACGCCAAAUUCCUACCUUCAAGCUCGGCCAUGUACGUGUCACCCUCUACGUGAGUGACCACGCCAAGGGCCUGAGAUCGGAGCCCCCCACAUGUUCCAUGAAGCUGCAAUUCAUGGACCAGCCGUAUGUCUGGCCCGGGAACCUUCGAGUUCCUCGCAAGUACAUGCAGGCGAAGUGGAGCGUAGUGGAUACAGGAACGCCGUUGGGCGUAGUAGCGGCGAGGCCUGAGCGUGGAGAAGCCGGAUACUCGGAGGAGCCAGCCCCUGACUUUGACUGGCAUGCGCCUGACAACGUUUGGCAGAGGCUCUCAUUUAUACCCAAUACUGUCUUCGAGUACCGGCUCCGUGAGCACAAGCGCUUCUUUGAGAUCUCAUCGAGCGCUUGCGGAUGCUUGAAGGUUCUACCGCCGUUUUCUACGGUUGCAAAGACUACAAUCCGAUGCAACCGCGUCGAAAAGGACCUGCAGGUUUAUCACGUCACCGUCGUCUGCUUGGAGGACAGCAAAGAGAAUUUCGGGAAACUCUACGACUACUGCCCGUGUUUCCACGGGACGGAGUGCGCAGCAACUCUGAGCGUAGAGCAGGGGGACCGGGUCGUCCUGGAGGAGGUGCUUCGCGUUGCGCGGGCCAUGGAACCUCGUCCCAAGUUGGGAGGGUGGGUGUACUUGGGCGAGGUAUGGGCAGAGGCAAAGGACACGGGGAUUCCGAGGGCGUUGGUCAGUGCAAAGAGGGAGAAGGUAGUUGUGGAAACAUUCAUAUUCUUUCGGGAGGCUCACCCGCCGAUGAGUCUGCCGCUCGUGUAUCACGUCCGCGAGAAGUCCAACGAGCUUGAGCUUUGGUUAUCUCAACCGCUGUUCACGCAAGUUUUCGCCUCGCUCAGCCCUCACAAAGGGCUAUCCGUUGGGACCGAAACUGUAUUCAAGAUCGAUGCCUACAGCCCUCGGUACAAGUCCUACAUCCCGGCCUCUACCAAACCUCUCCGUACGCCGAUCACUAUUCCGCUCCCUCUCGCAUCCGUUCCCGUCUUCAAGUUGAGAGACAUCGUCAUCGCCGGGCUUGCGCCGGACUACGCGCUGGGCUGCCACAAGGAACUGCUGCCCAUGUGUGGUGUGAAAGCCACCUUCAUGGACAGUAAUUUCCUCUGGCCGAGCGUGUACAAUGACCGACCUCGCGAGUACAAGCAAUCCGCCUGGACCGUGCUCAAUUUGGAUCUUGUGUCAUGUGUAUCAUGGCAUCUGACAGCGGGUCGUCUCCUUGUGCUCGCAGACUCUAAGACACUGGGCGAGCUCGCCAGGAGAAGUGUCAACUCACGUCCAAUGCCGAUCUUCCGCAUGGACUCGAGAGGACCUGGCGACCUGGCAGUGGGCACUGCCCAUGCCUCCUCGGGCCCUUGGCAGUGGUUGUUCGUCGCCGGGACUGUACAGAGACAUCCACCGUCCACCGGCGAGAGUCGACUGGUCCUUACCCGCCUCCGAGUCCAACAGGGACCUCCGGACGCCCUGCGCGGACCUCCUGGACUCCCACAUAAGCCUGGUCCCAGCCAGUAUCACAUCUCGCAGUCGACGUCCCCUCCUUCGCCUCAUUCCAUGUGUCCUCACUCCUCUAUAGCCAAUGGACGCCCUUCAUACGACGGACGCUCGCCGGUCAGCCCCGGCGAGACUCCAAUCUCCGCGCGACGCUCCCCGCUUCCACCGUACGCACAAGAGCCUCCAAUGGCCGAGCGCGAGCCCGGCUGGGAUCGAUGCAUGCCCCGGACUCAACACGUGGAGUGGGAGCAUGAGCAGAGGCGUGGUCGUCCCGGCUCGGAGUACCUCUUGCACAAGCAGCAGAUGUACUCCGGCGCGCACUCGCCGCCGAUGUCCCAGCUCGCACCAAGUCCCCGUGGGCCGCCCCGCUCCCCACCGAUGUCGCCUGUCAGAUCCCCGCGCCCGUACUGGGACUCGCACCCUGACAUGCCGUCUGGCCCUGCCAUCAUGGGAGGUGUUCCUGGACAGUCGCCCCCUAGUAUGAUGCACGGUGACGAGCCUGUCAGGAGUUACGAGGGCCCGCGGUUUGAUGCACGCUAG